UGAAAGAUGCUAAUCCCACGUUGUCAUCCAUGUAAAUGGAACAUGUUUUCAAAUUGCAAUUCUCCUGAAUCCCUUCUUUUGAUCCCCCCCUCCAAAUAUACUGGCAUGGAUAGAUCUAUCAGAACGAUCACUACAUUCUUUCUUCUGUGGUUCACCAUUGUUUCUCUUCAAAUUCUCCCAACAAUUGGAGGAGGACAACACCAUGCUGCCCAAAACCAGCAAGAGAAGCCCUCUAUUGCAAAGAUAGUGAAGGAUACAAUUUCUGUAUUGGCACAUUCCAAUCAACAAUCUUGGAACAAAAUCAAAACUAUUAUGAAACAAAUGCAGUUUCAAUUUUCCCACCCAGAUCUAGAGUUCAAGGGCAAGGAUGAAGCAAAUGGUGUUGAUGGCAACAGCGCUGAAGGAAAGAUUAGUGAAGCAGCUGAGAAGAGUUUUGAAACGAGCAAGAACAUAGUUGAAGGAUCUGCCAAAUUGGCAGGCAAAGUGGUGGGGGAAGCAAUGCACAAGAUGAAAGAGGCGGUGAAGGAGAGCAUGUCAGAUAAAGAUGAGUCUGAGGCAGAGCUUUAAUCAACUUUGGUGCUUUGGUAGUGUGUGAGAGACAAUUUGUUGUGUUUUAAGACAACAAUGCUGCAUUG